UCUUUUCACUGUACGUCCGCUACUGACUUUUAUUUUGACAUGUUUCCUCAGCCGGUGACAUUUACACGGUGCCUUAAACGUUCUCUCUUCACAGUUUAUUAUGCAGUGAUUGUAUAAGAAGUUCACAUGCUAGAUAGUAGUAAACAGCAGAACUAAAACGAGAUCUUAAUGGAUUUCACGUUAAACGAAUAAAUCAUUUAAAAGAGUCGGGUCGUUGUGAAGUUACUUGGCAAUGCCAGUAGAAGGUAACAAGGACCAGGCCCUGGCUCCCCUGUCCAGCCCUGUCAGUGCCCUUACUCCUGGAGUCCAAGAAGACAAUGGCCUUUCCAUCCCAGGAAGCAGUAAGGAAGAGCCAGCGGCUACAUGUCCAGAGAAUGUUGGGUCACAGAAUGCUAGAAAAUCCCAGGCCCUGCUCCAAAUCAACCGUCAGGAGAUCCAGUCAGUGGACCACAAUUCUCAGGCUGCUGAGCUGCAGGGAUUGGGAGUGGAUGUGUAUGACCAAGAUGUUCUCGAGCAAGGUGUGUUGCAGCAGGUGGACAGGGUCAUUCAGGAGGCCAACCAGGCGGCAGCCAAAGCUGAGGCCGAAAAAGAAUAUGAGUCUGUACUGGAUGACGUCAGGUCAUGCACAACUGCUUUGAAACACAUCAACAAAAUUUUAGAGCAGUUAGCCCCUCAUGCUACCUCUAGCAAGGACAUCAGUCGGAAAAUUGAGUCUGUCAAACGACAAAAAGAGAACAAGGAGAAGCAGUUAAAAAAGAUCAGAGCCAAGCAGAAGAGAUUGCAGGCUGUUCUUGACGGAGAGGAUAUCCAGAAGCUUGAGGCAGAAUUAUUGAUUGAGGAUGAUGAAGAACCAGGCCCAUCCACUUUGGGCAGCAUGCUUAUGCCAGCUCAGGAGUCUGAAUGGGAAGAGCUCAUCCGCACAGGUCACAUGACCCCCUUCGGGUCACGGAUCCCUCAGAAGCAAGAGAAGAAAGAGCCUCGAAAGUUUAUGCUCAGCGAGAACUCUGGAUUUGACAAGUACCUCGAUGACCAAGCCAUUUUAGCAGAUAGCAGGAAGAGACCCAUCUUAAAGAAGAAGAUCACUAAGAAGCACUCAGGACAGACCACAGCUGGCAAAGAGCAAAAGAACAGAUCUCUCUCCAGCAAAGAUAAGAAGCUCCAAAAGCGAAUGUGUAAGCUCCAGAGGACUGCACUGAAGGCUCACCCCAAAGCCAGGCCCAAGGUGGAGAAGGAGCCGCCCAGAGCCAGGAGGAAGAAAGGCGAUGGGGAGCAGACGUCCGACAGCGAGGGUUCAGAGUACGUCCCGAGCGAUGAGCUGAUGGAUCCCGAGGAACCAGAGAGAGAUGAUGAUGAGUUCUGGGUGGAUGAAGAUGGAGAAUACCAACUUAAACCAUACAAGAAGAAGAACCAGGCCAAAACCAGGAAGCCCAAGGAGGAGGAUGAGAGCGACGAGUACAUCCCUAGCAGCUCAGAGGAUGAAGACUCUCAGAAAGGAGGAAAAGUCAAGAAAUGUAAAGAUGAUGGAGAUAUUGAGUAUUACAGGCAAAGGAUUAGGAAGUGGAAAAGGCAAAGACUUCGGGAAAAAGAGGCAACGAGAGGAGCAGGAGAGGAUGAGUCCGAGGAAAGUGAUGCAGAAUUUGAUGAAGGAUUUAAAAUGCCUGGUUUCCUCUGGAAGAAACUCUUCAAGUAUCAGCAGACAGGUGUCAGGUGGAUGUGGGAACUGCACUGCCAGCAAGCAGGAGGCAUUCUGGGAGACGAGAUGGGCCUGGGCAAGACCAUCGAGAUAAUUGCCUUCCUGGCAGGCCUGAGCUACAGCAAGCUAAAAACACGUGGCUCCAACUACAGGUAUGCUGGAUUGGGGCCUACGGUCAUUGUGUGUCCGGCUACAGUCAUGCAUCAGUGGGUGAAGGAGUUCCACACUUGGUGGCCUCCAUUCCGUGUUGCUGUCCUCCACGACACGGGCUCCUUCACCAGCAAAAAGGAGAAGCUCAUCCCAGAAAUAGUGGCCAGUCACGGCAUCCUCAUCACUUCCUACUCAUACAUCCGCAUUAUGCAAGAUUACAUCCAGAAGUACGACUGGCAUUAUGUUAUUCUGGAUGAGGGCCACAAAAUUAGGAACCCCAACGCCGGGGUUACUAUGGCAUGCAAGCAGUUCCGGACACCCCACCGUUUUAUCCUCUCUGGCUCACCCAUGCAGAACAACCUCAAAGAGCUGUGGUCGCUUUUUGAUUUUGUGUUUCCAGGGAAGCUGGGGACUCUGCCCGUCUUCAUGGAGCAGUUCUCAGUACCCAUUACCAUGGGAGGAUACGCUAAUGCAUCUCCAGUGCAGGUCCAGACAGCCUAUAAAUGUGCUUGUGUUCUUCGUGACACAAUUAACCCUUACCUGCUGAGAAGAAUGAAGGCUGAUGUGAAAGCAAACCUUUCUUUACCUGACAAAAACGAACAGGUCCUCUUCUGCAAAUUAACGGAAGAUCAGCGGCAGGUUUACCAGAAUUUUCUGGACUCCAAAGAGGUUUAUCAGAUUCUGAAUGGAGACAUGCGGGUUUUCUCAGGCCUUAUAGCUCUGAGGAAGAUCUGCAACCACCCGGAUCUGUUCACAGGCGGGCCGCGGUUGCUCCGAGGCAUCCCAGAUGAUCAGCUGACCGAGGAGGAGCACUUUGGUUACUGGAAACGCUCUGGGAAGAUGAUUGUGGUGGAGUCACUGCUGCGCCUGUGGUUCAAACAGGGACACCGAGUUUUGCUUUUCACCCAAUCCAGGCAGAUGCUGGAGAUCUUGGAGGUGUUCGUGAGGGAGAAUGGCUUCUCGUAUCUCAAAAUGGACGGCACUACUACCAUUGCAUCCAGGCAGCCUCUGAUCGCUCAGUACAACCAGAACAAAGACAUCUUCAUCUUCCUCCUGACAACAAGGGUUGGAGGUUUGGGAGUCAAUCUGACUGGAGCCAAUAGGGUUGUAAUCUACGACCCAGACUGGAACCCCAGCACGGACACUCAGGCUCGUGAGCGUGCCUGGAGGAUUGGGCAAAAGCAGCAGGUGACGGUUUACAGGCUUCUGACAGCUGGAACAAUUGAGGAGAAGAUUUACCACAGACAAAUCUUCAAACAGUUUCUCACCAACCGAGUGUUAAAGGAUCCUAAGCAGAGGCGGUUUUUCAAGUCUAAUGACAUUUAUGAACUUUUCACGCUGAGCAAUCCUGACGGCUCCCAGGGAACAGAAACCAGUGCAAUAUUUGCAGGCACAGGGUCAGAUGUGCAGGUUCCAAAAAGACACAAAACCUCCCGUCCUUCUCAGGGGAGCUCGAGACCAUCAUUGUCUCAUUCAUCUGCAUUUUGCGUUGAAGACCAAGAUACCACAUCACUGUCAGGAAACAGAAACUCUACCUCAGUCAACUGUCUGUCAAACAACAAUGCUUCUGGGUCACAGAACAAUAACCUUGAACCUCAUUCCACUACUGAUCGUUUGACAAACAGCACUAGUAAAGAUCAUUCUCCUGCGAACAGCCCUCAAAAACACAGAGAGAAGAAAAAGCACUGUGAAACACCAGAAAAAGACACGUUACCCUCAGAAAGACACAAGCGCAAGCAUAAAAAGCGCAAGCACUCUGAAGACGCCAGGUUUGAGGGCUGUCACAUUUCUCACCUGGUGAAGAAACGGAGGUACAAGAAAGAGGAAAAUGAGAAGGAGGAGGAGGAAAAAAAUGAGAAAAAGAGUGAUGAUUAUGUUCUCGCCAAGCUCUUUAAAAAAUCAGGGAUACACAGCGUUAUGAAGCAUGACACCAUCAUGGAGGCAUCGAACCCGGACUAUGUGCUUGUGGAAGCUGAAGCCAAUAGGGUUGCGAAGGAUGCACUGAGAGCUCUGAAGAUCUCCAGGCAAAAUUGCAGGCUUUCUUUCUCGAGAGGGUCUACAACAGCAACCCCACCUCCAGUCAAGCGAAGGUUUGGGCAGAAGAAAAACUCACUUCUGUCUCAGUCAUCUGGGACAGCAGCAAAAGCAGCAGAGAAAUGCAAGGAUGCAGAUGUUAUAAAGAAGGCAGUUGUUAAGAAGCCAGGAUCUGCUGCUCACUUCAGCGGUGAAGGAGCGCAGGAGGAGUCUGGUUCUCUCUCCUCAUCCUCUCUCCUUGCUAGAAUGAAGGCCAGGAAUCACCUCAAUCAACCCCAGAGACAAGAGAAUGAGGAAGAGGAAGAGAGAGAGUCUGCUGCCGUGCAUGCUACCCCCACAGAACACGAUGAGCUUUUGGUUGACCUGAGGAACUUUGUGGCCUUCCAAGCUCAGGUGGAUGGCCAGGCGAGCACCAAGGAGAUCCUGGAGUACUUCACCCCGAGACUCACUUCCACACAAACACCAGUGUUCAGAGAACUGCUGAGGAAUAUUUGUGAGUUCAAUAGACUUCCUGGACAGGAAGGGAUGUGGAGGCUUAAAGCUGACUACAGGUAAACAGAUCUGCACAUGUGAAAAGCUAUUAACUGAGAAGCUCCAAAUGGAAUGUAUUCCUCACACUUGGGAACACAGGUGAUUCGAUGCAUCAGUUAUUUUAAGAUUAUAAAAUGUGUAAAUGCAAUUCAUUUCAAUAAACUUCCUAGAACUUUCCAGGUUGGCUGUAAAAAGUACAAAAGAAUUGUAUUGGCCCAAUUAUUGUAAAACGCUCCUAUUGUAUGAAAAAAAAAUGUUCUUUUUGUUUGUUUUUGUAAAAUUCCUGGAAAUUACUUGAACUUGGGGAUCUCUUGAAAAUGUGUUAUUCAUGCAAUUCUUGUUGAGACCAGUACUUUUUCUUUUUCUUUGCUAUACUAUGUUAUAAUACUAUUACUGUACUAUUGUAAUCUUUUUCUAUUCACUCAAUUAUUGGUACUCAGUUCUACCAAUAAUUUGGCAAUAAUGGAAAAUGUACAUUUUUAUAUAGGGUUUCUACCCUAUAAAUGUGCUUGGUGCCAAUUUGUUUACAUGACAUUUUAGUAAGUGAAUGUGAUUUUUGAAAUGUGUAAAAUCAAUAUUAUUUAAUGUCUUGAGAGUAUCUACCUCCGCCUUCCUCUUACUGUUUGUUCGGUGAGAACAAAUGAGAUUUAAUGUAAUUGAAAUGUGUAAAGCCAAUGAUGGUGUUGAGGGAAUACUGUACACAUUUUAACAAUUAAAUUGAUUCAUUAAAAGUUACACAAUAAAGAUCA